CAUAGUGGAGAGGGAAGCGGAGCUCCGUGUUUGCGAGUCGAGCCUCAUUUUUCCUACGAGGGAAGUUUGGGUGGCUGCCCUCUGUUUCUUUUUCCCAGGUCAGAGGAAGAAUUUGGAAUUGGGGCGUUCGCGGAAACGAUUAUCAGCGCAUGGGAAUCUGCUUUCUUGUGUGAAUGCUCAGACACAGUGAGAGAAGAUGAACUGGGGUAAACCUCCUCCAGCACCUCCAGUGACCUUUGAGGAGGUGGCUGUGUUCUUCACGGUGGAGGAAUGGGCUUUGCUGGAGCCAACCGAAAGAGCCCUCUACUGGGAAGUCAUGCAGGAUAAUUGCGAGACAGCUGCCUCUCUGGGACUUUGGGUUCCUGGGCCAUUCCUUGAUUCACAUCACCAUUCAAGAGAAACGUGGUUGCUCCGUAGCUCUGAACAAUCAGGCUGGAAUGCUGGUGGGUCCUUGUCAGAAGGAGACACAUCAGAGGCCGAGAAACAGAGACAACCAGGAAGGAUGUCUUCAGAAACAGAUGAGGAUGUAGAGGUGGAAACUUGGGAUGGAGAUGGACCUCAAAGGCAGCUGAAAAGAGAAAGGGAAGGAAAACAGAAGCAGAGGAAGGAACUGGCUGUCUUCCAGUGGAGAAAUGUGUGUGAGAUCCCAGCCCAAAGCAAAAUGCAAAAAGAAACAGGAAGGAAUAAUUGCCUUGUGAAUGGAAAAGGAUUCAGCUGUGUACUGAAUGUUAAAAAAGACCAGAAGAUUCAAGGAAGCAAGAAAACAUCUAUCUGGUUGGAGAGUGGAAAGAGCUUCUUUGAGAAAAGCCACCUAAUGGUUCAUCAAAGAAUUCACACAGCGGAGAAGCCAUAUAAAUGCUCGGAGUGUGGGAGAGGCUUUAGUCAGAGCUCAGCCCUUACGUCACAUCUUCUGAUUCAUACAGGUGAGAAACCAUAUCAGUGCUCAGAAUGUAAGAAGAGCUUCAGACGGAGAUCCCACCUUAUUUCACAUCAGCGUGUUCACACUGGGGAGAAACCAUACAAAUGCUUGGAUUGUAGUGAGAGCUUUUCUCACAAAUCAGUCCUUAAUUAUCAUAAGAGGAUUCACACGGGAGAGGAGCCAUAUAAAUGCUCGGAGUGUGGGAAGAACUUUUGUAACAGCUCAGCCCUUACAUCACAUCUUCUGCUUCACACAGGUGAAAAACCAUAUCAGUGCUCAGAAUGUGAGAAGAGCUUCAGACGGAGAGAACACCUUACUUCACAUCAACGUCUUCACACUGGGGAAAAGCCAUACAAAUGCUCAGAUUGCAGUGACAGCUUUUCUCAUAAAUCAGUCCUUAAUUAUCAUAAGAGGAAGCACACAGGAGAGACACCAUAUAAAUGCUUUGAGUGUGGGAAGAGCUUCAGUCACAGCACAACUCUUUCAUCACAUCUUCUGUUUCAUACAGGUGAGAAACCAUAUCAGUGCUCAGAAUGUAAGAAGAGCUUCAGACGGAGAUGCCAUCUUAUUUCGCAUCAGCGUGUUCACACUGGGGAGAAGCCAUAUAAAUGCUCACAUUGUAACAAGAGCUUCUCUCAUAAAUGUGCCCUUAAUAAUCAUAAUAGGAUUCACACAGGAGCAAUGCCAUAUAAAUGCAAGAAGUGUGGGAAGAGCUUCCGUUGGAAAUCUAGCUUUAUUUCACAUAAGUGCAUUCACACUGGGGAAAAAUCAUACAAAUACUUGGAAUGCAGAAAGAACCUCAGUCAGCAUGGGGACCUAAUUAAACAUGAAAAAGUUCACACAGGGGAGAAAAGCUAUCAGUGCUUGGAGUGCGGGAAGAGUUUCAGUCAGAAGGGCACCCUUUCUUCACAUCAACACAUUCACACUGGGGAGACACCUUUCAAAUGCGCAGAUUGUAGCAAGAGCUUUCUUUAUAAAUCCAGUCUUCAUCGUCCUAAAAGGAUUCACACAGAAGUGAAGCCAUAUGAAUUCCAUGAUUGUGAGAAGAGCUUCACUAUUAGCACAAACAUUACAUCACAUUUCCCACUUCCAUCACAUGAAAAACCAUAUCAGUGCUCAGAAUGUAAGAAGAGCUUCAGACGGAGAGAACACCUUACUUCACAUCAACGUCUUCACACUGGGGAGAAACCAUACAAAUGCUCUGAUUGUGGCAAGAGCUUUUCUCAUAAAUCAGUCCUUAAUUAUCAUAAGAGGAUUCACACGGGAGAGGAGCCAUAUAAAUGCUCGGAGUGUGGGAAGAACUUUUGUAACAGCACAACCCUUGCAUCACAUGUUCUAUUUCACACCGGUGAGAAACCAUAUCAGUGCUCAGAAUGUAAGAAGAGCUUCAGACGGAGAUACCACCUUAUUUCACAUCAACGUGUCCACACUGGGGAGAAGCCAUAUAAAUGCUCACAUUGUAACAAGAGCUUCUCUCAUAAAUGUGCCCUUAAUAGUCAUAAUAGGAUUCACACAGGAGAGAAGCCAUAUAAAUGCAUAGAGUGUGGGAAGAAUUUCCGUUGGAAGCCCAGCUUUACUUCACAUCAGCGCAUUCACACUGGGGAAAAGUCAUACAAAUACUUGGAGUGCAGAAUGUAAGAAGAGCUUCAGAUGGAGAGAUCACCUUACUUCAUAUCAGCAUGUUCACACUGGGGAAAAUCCAUACAAAUGGUCAGAUUGUACCAUGAGCUUUUCUCACAAAUCAGGCUUUAAUUAUCAACAGGAAGCAUGCUAAAGAGAAACCAUAAAAUAUUUGGAGUGUGGGAAAAGUUUCAGUUCCAUCACGAAGUUUACCCAUCAUUGGAGGAUUCACAGCGGAUGAGAAAAUUCACAUUGAAGGGCUCUCACAGCAGAGAAGCAAUCUAACUCCUGAGAUUGAAGCUAGGCUUUUCUGUAGUCUAGUGUUAUUGUACUUAGGAAGUUUCAUGCAAAGAAAGUACAUAAAUGCCUAUGUUUUGAGGGUUUCUAGCUAUCCAUGCUUAAAUGAGAAAUCAACUCUUCUUUUAACAAGGGCAGUUCGGUGGCAUUAUACCCCCGCUGAGGAUCCUUCCCUCUCCAAACCUUGGCCUUUCCAAACUCUACCCCCAAAUCUCCAGAAACUACCUGAGCCAGAAUUGACAAUCCUAAAUUGAGGGGGUGGGUGGAGAGACUGAUGCCACACACUAGUUUCAGGUAAAUCCUAGAGUGUUGCCCAAUUGUGGUGACAUCACUUUCAGAUUUGUACCAGAAAUGACAUUGCACUGUCAGCCUAAUGCCAGUUUCAUUGUCCCCUACCCUCCCCCCCCCCCCCCACCAUCACCACCAGUAUAUCCCUCCAGCUGCCAGAAAUUCACUGGCAACCCUAGGUCAACUGCUUGGCCUCCAUGGAUGCUGGACUGAACUCUUUCACAUAAAGAUGUUCAGUAAGUGGAAGUGCAGUGGUUGAGAAAAUUGUAGGCUUCUGCAUCAAACAUAGUCCUGAAUAAAUAUGAGAAUUAUUCAUUUUUAUGCACUACUUUUGUGAAAAACUAUUAUUUUGUGCAUCAUUAAACAUAGCACUUUGAUACAA